AUGGCACCCAUACCCACCUCAUCUGUGCGCUCGCCAAGUUCCGGAUCUCGGCCUCGAUUCAUGGGUGCUCCGGCACAGCGAGGUUCAGAGAACUCUCGUUGUCCGUCAAACGGUCAAGCUAUCAGCACGGAUGCACAGAAACUUGAACGUGGAGCCUCCUUCAUCAAUCACGCCGCAGUGCUGGACGAACUUGAGCCAGGCAUAGGUCUUACACCCCCAGGACUGACUGCCUUCACGGUCUCACAAGAACACAUCGACCAGGGCGCGUCAGUACUUGAUCUCUUGGGGGACCUGAAAUUCAUACAGAAGUACAUCGACAAGUGGUUUUCUUUCGCUGGAGGUGUUGUCGUCAUUGAGCCCAUGGUCGAGAUCUACCUGGAUGUAACUCGCGCCUCGUGGCACAGGAUCCGAGGAUCUCACAGAACCGAGGACUUGCGGGACAUGUCAGCCCAGAUCUGGAACAAUACCUCUAAACCCUUGUCACAGCUAUUAGAUCGAAAUACCACAGCUCACGAAUUCUUUACGAACGUUACUGGUACCGCUCUGAGAUGGGAGGUCAUCGGUAUCAUCGUCUCCUUGGUAUCGCUUGUUGCACAGCCUUUGAAAGAUGGUGAUCCUAUAUUCUGCUUCCCUGAUACAGCUCCCGUCGAUCGGGCUGAACUGGCGCUGAGCCUGCAUCAUGCUUCAGAGAUGUGCGUCGAGUUCUGUGACAAUCUCGGUGUGCUAAAUGACUUGUAUCUCUGGUUGUUAUACGAAAAUUUCAUCAGCUAUUGCUCACUACGUUCACGAGGAGGACACGACAGCUCGCGGAAGGCCUCCUUAUUUGUGACGGCAUUUCAGUGUGGCAACCUACACCAAAAGAUUAACGUCGACGACAAUACACCUCUUUUCAUAGCCGAGUUACGCAAGCGACUGUUCAUUUGUGCCUAUAGCAACGACAAGUCAACUGCCGCGUUUGCUGGAUAA